CACACACACAUACAGAUAUUAUACACAGGUGCACACACACACUAUGGUGGAAUGAGACAGCCGCAGUGUGCUGUAUCUCCCCCUCCCUCCACGCUCUCCCCACACCCUCCUUCACACUUCUCCCUCCUCCCUUCCCCCUCAUCCCAGCUUCCAUCUCUCCGCCUGCCGGUAACGGAGGGCUUCCUUUGAAGACGUCUUCCAUCCUCCAAAUCUUCACAUGAACAGGAUGACCCUUACCAAGAAUUUCUAGAUUGGCUCCCAGCCUUUUAUGAAAACUUACUAUAGGAGUCCAACAGAGGAGAAACACUACAAAUGAAUAAAUUUGUUCUUAUUACCUUUAAAGUGGUAUAUGACUUUAACACUGCCUUUUUUUGAGUUAUCUGAAGACCAUGGACUAUAGUAUAGACAAGGUUUUUCAUGCUUGGAGUUAUGAAAGAAAAUCUUCCCUCUAUUCUCUUUAAAAUGUGUCCACAACAUCCUCUUACUCUUGGGAUAUUACCUGGGCUUACUGUAUAAUUUAUUUUCUGUACAGUGAGGAAGUAAGAACUCUUUCCUAUUCUUAAAGUUUGUUUAACCACAUUGAUUCGGUGUAUGGUAGCCAGUUACAACCCUCAGUACUCUUUGUCCUGGCUUCAAGUCAACCUGCACAUUUUUUGGAAAGGUCUUCCUCGUUACAUCAUUGCAGAGUUGAGGAAGAAAUAUCCCAAACACGUGGGAAAAAUGCACGUCAGAUAGCCUCGUUCAUUUUUAUUGUCAAUUUGUUGAUGUCGUUGAAUAGCGCCAAUGUGAAGCCCAACAUGUCUUCGUAGAAGGAAACAGCGUCUUCCGAUAGCUGUGAAAUGUAGUCCUCAGCUGUAGACAUUUGGUGAAACAAACUUUAUGGAUUGAUUAGGUUAUUUCCGCUCGGAGGUGCGGAAGGGACUCACAAGACCUCCAGUCCUUAUGUGAGGUGGACUGUGGUUGGCUGUAAAGUCAGGGCGGUCAGUUUAUUCAACUUGACCCAGAUGCAGUAUCGGGAGAUAUGGCUGUGGGAUGAAGUCACCGGAGUGAGGCGCCUCAAGUGUCCACCUUCACGGGGGUCUAGAGGUCAGACUCCAGAAGAUGACCCCCAGCUCCUCUGACACUGUGUCAUUUCUCGGGAUAGAAAAGGCUGGCGCUAUGAAUCUGCUGUACAGGAAAAGCCGGGUGGAGUGGAGACAGAAAGAAGAGGAGCCCAAGAAGAGCUCGGGCAAGGUUCGGGACAUGGCCUCAUUCCGUCGCCACUUCCGGAUGGGUUUUAUGACCAUGCCAGCCUCUCAGGAGCGGGCUCCUCUCCCUUGUGCCAGUGCAAUGGCCCCUCGAUCCCAUUCCUGUCACUCAGUGAGCAGUGCACCAGAAGAGAGUGGAAAUGAAGUGGCCCCUCCCGGGAGGAGACCUCCAGCUAAACCCAAAAGAAAUCCCAGCACAAAACUCAGCCUUGGAGGAGAGGGGAGAACAGCAGAGGAACGUCGGAUCAGAAAAGAAGGGUCCCUAAAAAGUGCCUCUGACUCUCGCAGGAUGCCCCCGCAGAAGCCACAGCGUAGCCCUCAUACACAUCUGUCUGCCUCCUUCGAUGAGGCCUAUGCCAACCGCCCUGCCUCCACAUCUGCCAUUCUCAGUCCCACCACUCGCAGCACUUCACCCUCCUUUGAAGAACCAGUGUACAUUGAGAUGGUAGGCAAUGUCUCCCGAAGGCCUCCGCCACCUCCCACCCCGGCACCCCCUGAAGAAGAGUCAGAUGGUGAAGAGGAAGCUAUUUAUGAGGAAAUGAAAUACCCACUUCAUGAAGAGCAGCCAUCCCAUCUGCGACAUCCUCAACGUCGACGGCCCCCACCGCCUAGAACUCCCGAGGUGGACAUUCCUCCUCCAUUCCCUAACCUGCUGCAUCAUAGACCUCCCCUUUUAGGUGCACCAACUGGGAAAGGCCAAAAAAUCACAAAGCCUUCGCAGCCUGCGUCGUCCAAGCUGCCAGUCCCCCAUAAAGAGAUCCCAACCACAGCUCCCUCAUCCUCCAUCCACCUGCCUCCAUCUGGUCGUGCUCGCAGCCACUCUACACCACUGCUCCCACAGGCAUCUUCCCAACGCCGACCAGAUUCUGAAACCCCAAGAGGGUCAGGGAGCUCGCAGGAAAAAGGGGCAUCAAUGUUGCCCGUUCCCCACGGACACCCCCGGGACAAAUCCCUUUCUUACACAAUGGUAUAUUCUUCCGUCAAGGUGACUCAUUCUCUUUUACCAGCUUCACAAAUGGAGGAGAAAACGGAGAGGGAGAUCUCAGUCUUGGCUGGACUUAUCUGCCCAGCGUCUCGUGUGUCUGGAACACAGCUCCCCAGUCGGCCUCCUUCAGCACACCUUCACCAGGUACAAGGGGAGCAGGCUUCUCCUGCUGUCUGGACAUACCCUACAGGCAAGAGACCACCAGCAUAUGAAAACAGUGUUAAGGGCUCAAGAACACCGUUGGUUCAGGCCUCAGACUCCCGUGUAGUCGGGGUCAGUGCUGCGGAGGAGGAAAGAGCCGGGUCCGUAUGGGAUCUGCAGAGGAGGAUGUCAUGUGGACGGAGAAGUCAACUUGGAGAACCAUUAGCAGAUGGACCCCGCAUCUGGAAUGGAAAUCCCGCGAAGCCGGAUAAACCAAGUCAUGGGGCGCUAGUGUCUGGUAUCCCUGUUCGGAGUCAGCAAAGCCUGGACAGUGCGAUUGCCCGCGGGGUGGCUCGAACUGGUCUUCCAAUGCCAUGCCAGACCUUCCCAGCGUGUCAUCGGAGUGCGGAUUUUGGAGGUAAUUAUCGCCUUGGCCGUUCAGCCUCCACGUCCGGAGUGCGCCAAUCGUCUGUCCAGAGACAAAGUCAGGCUGUUCCGUCUCCCACCCCGUCUUUGCCUGCAGGGGGCCGGGAGCGUGACGGGAAGCUUCAGGAGGUGAUUGAGAGGAAGAGAUUUCUGUGCCAUGAGAUCAAGUCCCGUCAGCCGAGGGCCGAGAGAGGACUAUGCAAGCAGGAAAGCCUGCCCAUCCUGCCCAGCUGGCGGCGUGGCUCCGAGGUCCGGAAGGGGGGCACCCCACCAUGCCAUCGGCAGCAGGCUGUGCUGUGGGACACUGCCAUCUGAGAGCAUUCAACCCCUCUCUUUACCCGGGGCCGCUGGCCGAAACCCUGUGGUGAGGGUAGGGAGGAGAAGAUAUGGGUGGGAGAGGUGGGGAGAGAUGUUCUGUGGAUAAGAUGGCGAUCAUCUGCAGGAAAGGAAGAGAGAGUUCCUGUACGAC